AUGGACAACUCUGAUUCCUUUACGCCAGUCGAGUACGACCCCCACGACCCCCCGGGCCUCACUACUAGUAACCGUCGGGGCGCACACGUUCAACAUGGCUCCCGAUACAGCCCAUACGCAGCGCGUAGCCUCACGAACUCGAAGCCAUCCACGUCAGUUGCAUCAGCUAGCGUGAUGGAUGAUACCGAAAGUACUCGAUGUAUCACAGACUUGCUGGACGCCCCACAAUCCAGGGGGAGCAUGAAAGACUACGGCAAAAGUCAGCUUCAGGCUAUUGAGUGGGCGCAAAUGCGCCUCGUUAUGGACAGUGUAUCCGUGGGCUGGCUUAGGAACCUGACGAAGGAUGAGAAGAGCAAUAUGGAGACCCGCGUCACCGAGAUUAUCUCUCAUGCCAGUGUAAAAUUCAGUUGUGUGUUGAUAGCCAGCACCUACCUCAAAAACUUCGUCAUCGAUGCCCUAACGAAGGAUCGUAGACGGCUCCAUACUCCGACAUCCACCGAGGUCCUUAUAUUCGUAAAUCCAGCUGUGAUAGGUGCUCAUUCCUUGCAUUGGUGUAAUGACAAGAGAUCCCCGCUCUGUGAUGAAGAGAUGAGGGCAUCGAUCCCAACCACGACCCUUCACAUGCUCUCAGCGACAUCGGCAGCGACAAGGUUUGCCAUUGAUCGGUAUGUCGAUCAACAACUCACCGGAACAAAGAGCACUCUGCGGUACUCUACCCAUGCAUAUGCCGGCGAGCAGGGUUUGAUUACGGAGGCGAUGUCGGAUUCCCUCAAAAAGGAUCUACAUCGGCGGCCCUUCGAGGCGAACUUACUAGAUAUUCAUCACAGAGGCCUUCGAACUUUGCACAAGAUGCUGAACCUUGAGCCUCCUCAAAUUCCAAUUUACAUACCUACGACAGCGCAGGAGUUAAGCAUACCGCACCAAAUACAAUCUACCACCUUGCCUUCCGCUUUGUCGCCGCUCGCGCAAGCGAGUGGUCAGGCGCCAUUGACGAUGGUGGAACCAGAGUCUGAGUUGUCAUUGGGAGAGAUGCCAUGUGACACGGAAUUUAGCUCAUGGUUCUCUGGUCUGGAGAUGAACUUCGAGAAGCCCCAACUUGACUCGGAAGCCUCUGGGUCAGGAUUGAACUACAAUGACUUGGACAGGCCUUUCAGCCUAAAUAUGACAUGUUCUGUGAUCAACUCGGAAUGUUUUAACGACUCAAACGACCAUUUCAUUUCCCGCUUCUUGCUAGCACUGGCAGCCCCAACGUGUAAUGCGCGCAAGCCUUGCGUCAGCUCUUUGGAUAGUUGUUCUCUCAGUUUUGUUUCUACUGAUAAUGGUGUCCCAUUGCGGUGCUCCAGGCUGCUCUUGGGAGAAGGCAACAAACCCCGUGGACUCAACAGACAUCGCGCGUCUUGUGAUUUCUACAAGAGGAGUAGCUCUCUUGCAACUCAGAAGAGACGGGAGCGUGCCAAAGAAGCUUCACACGCAGUCACGGACAAGGACGAGGGUCUGGCGCUGGUGUCUUUGGUGCCCCCGGUCUCGGUGACACGGGACCCUCCCCCGACCUAG